AAUCUACCGCUGUUUUCGCAGUUGUGUACGUAUAUUUUAGUAUCGUGCUUGCGAAAUUGCUUCGCCUUUGCAAAAAUGAAAAUCGAUGGCGCAGUAGCGGUUGUGACUGGAGGUGCGAGGGGAAUUGGGCUAGAGAUUACCCGUACCUUACUCGUACAUGGCGCAUCAAAGGUAAGCUAAUAUAUCAAUUACUCAUGAAGACUGACGAAUGACUAGUGGCCAAAUCGUUUCAUCUCACAACAAGUUUUUGCCAGUUCCAAUGCGAUUUCACAAAAAUGUCAAACCGUUUUGUACACUGAAAAUUCAAUAUUCCUAAUUGUAAGCCCACGCAUUAGUGAAUUGUCAGUUCCAGCGAAUUCCCACUGCAUACUUGGAAACUGUAUACCUCCGCCGGCAAUUUAAGUUAUGUCUGGCAAAGCAACACAACGUUUUGUUAAUUUCGCAUCCAAUUUUUAUCCAAAUUUAAAUCAAUUUGUCAUUGAGCAAUGUCCGUUGGUCCGACAAACUUUCGUAUUAAUACUGGAAUACUGGUUUGAUAUUUUUAAAAAAAAUUAUCGUGCUGACAGAUUAUAUUAACACAAACAGACAAAUACAAAUGAAAAGCAAAUAUCUUAUUUACACUAACUGCUUUUCUCGAGCCAAGUAGACGUUGACCUGCUUUUUCCCGUACCUGGUAUUUAUAAAAUACUUACAUUCAUCGGGUUCUUAAUGCUGCAGACUAGUCACGAGUCUGGUUUAGGAAUGCAACUGAUCGAACCGAAUCGGUCUAGCGUGUAUUUGUAUAGAGAAUGGCCUGUUCGUAUUUUUGAUAAUUUGAUUUGUUCAAAUUAUUAAAACCAGCACUUUAAAAUAUUUGUGAAAGAAACAGUUAAUAACGUUAUUUGAAAAUUUGUAAGUGAAUCGAUGGGCCAACAGUGUUGUGUCGGUUUGAGACUUUGAGUACGACUCUCAACCUCGGAUCAGUCGGAUGAGAGUAAUUGGCAGGUCACGUGUCACGCGACCUUGAUUAGCUUAGCCUUAGCUGAAACCUUUAUUUUAUUAUAAAUAUAUCUAGAGCCUGAAAUGUCCCCUGUAGGCUGUAACAAUGCAUGACUACUAUGACUGCCAACUCUCAUGAUGUCCAUGAUCAACUAUUCAACUCUCAUUCUCGUUUGACUUUAUACGUUUACACGCUGCGAUUUGUCGGGCCGAUUUUCACAAAUAAUUGUUGCCCCUUCUUCGACAUUUAGCGAUUUAAACGUUCAAUUGAAGCUGUCCUCUCUCUCGUUUGUUCAUAGUUUUCUGCGUGCGAAAAGUUUUCAACAACGUACUUUACAACGGAAGAAAACCCCCUUCAACGUCGCCUUCAUACGUCAUCAAAAUAACGAUAUGACUGACCUUGAUUCAACACUAAGACACUUUUAAGAUCGAUCUAAAUCACUUCAGCGAUCUCCAACCGAAACGAGGUCGGGUCCUUCAGGCUUCAACUUGUGCUAGUGUUCACACUUGCACAAAAACUGGAAUGAAACUCGAAUUCACUGCCGUUAAUAAGCGGGAGAUGCGUUAAUAAGUGGGGGAGAUGCCAGACUGCUAAGCAAGAACUGAUCCGAGACCACCUCUCGAUCGAACUGGUAAUUACUGAAUUAUAUAAAUUGCUAGUGUGAUUGUGUAGUGUCUCGCCGGUCGGUCAAGGACUCGUGAUCAUGAUCAAGGUCAGGCCUAUCAGCACGUGACCUUUUCUAAGUAGCCUACGGGUGCGUUCAAACUACACACGUAAAAAUCUCACAACUUGUCAACAAGAUGUGUUCGCAACAGGCUUGUAGCAAACUUGUGAACAAUUUGUAACAAUACUGUUAUUUUAUCAAAUUACUACAAGGUUGUGACUCACAACUUGUUGACAAGUUGUUGAAUUGCAGGACGAUAACAAGUUGUUGGAACAACUUGUAGCAAGUCUGUCGAGUUCAACAACCUUCCAGCAAGUCGACAACUUGUCAACAAGCUCGCAACAAGCAGUGCGAACACAUCUUGUUGACAAGUUCUUGAAACAGGAUUGCUACAAGUCUGCUGCAGGUUUUCUACAAUGUGUGCGUUUUUACGUGCGUAUACAUCGAUUGUGUAAUUUCAGAUUAUACAACCUGGAGUAAUACAAACGUUUCCAAAUUUCUCAUGCAAUAUUUAACAAAUAUAAAACAUUUUCCGUGUUGAUAUACAGUUAAAUCAACACGAGUGGAAAUUUGGAAAACGAGAAAAUUGUGUGCCGAAACACGACGGCCGGAGUGUUUUCACACAAUUUCGAGUUUUCCCAAUUUCCACGAGUGUUGAUAUAACUCUAUAUCAAUAUGGAAAAAUGUUUUAUAUUUGUUUUAUAAUAAGCACAAAGAAACAUAAAGAAAGAAAUUUUCCGAAGUUUCCGUGUUGACAUUGAGUUAUAUCAACACGGCUCUUAGCCAAUCAACGUUCAGAAUUUACAAAUGCUAUAUUAUAAUCAUUCUUAUCAUUGAAUGCGACCAAAAUGUCGUUUGGCGUACUGCCCUUUCGCACUAAAAUGUUUGAUAGUUUUUUAGUCUUCUUGCUGGCAAAAACAAACGAACACACACACUAACAAAAUAUGAACACACUUUCAAAGGUCGUCUUUUUGGACAUUGAUGAGACUGAAGGCAGGACGACCGAGAAGGAACUGCAAGCAACUUAUGGUGAAGAUCACGUGACAUAUAUGAAAUGUGACGUCAUGAAUGGGACUGAAUUUCAAAGUAUACUGCUUGAACUUUUUAAUUUGUUCUCGUAUAUCUAUCCACUUUUCCCCACUAUGAGACUUUGUGAAUGCAUGCAACAGUAAACGCAUACAACAUUAAUAGUUAAUUGUGUAGUUUAAAUCAUGUUUUAGAUGUCUUGACCAAAAUUUCGGGAGAAAAUCAUGGUAUUAAUAUAUUUUGCAAUAAUGCCGGUGUCCUGGACAAUACGAACUGGAAACGGAUGCUUGAAAUCAAUUUGGUAAGUUUUACAAUUUUAAUAGACGGUUGCAAACUCAUUGAAUCAGUGGUUCUUUAAACUAAAUCUUUCAAUUCUACUUACUACACUGAAGACUAGUCUGGACGAACUAGAACUUCUAGAGUUCUAGCUAGUCCUACAAAUAAUGAAAAGAAUUAAUAUUAUUUUUUCACUCUGAUAACCAUUAGUUGGCCGCUUAUUGAAUCCGACCGAUUACUGUGAAAAUUCACAAGUAAUUUCUUAAUCACUGCAUGUGUUCAAUUCAGACGGCCAUGAUACAAGGUACGAUGAUCGCAAUGGAUUUGCUGGAUAAACACAAAGGAGGACAUGGGGGAGUGAUAGUGAACAUCGCUUCGUUAGCAGGUGAAAUAACAGAAUGCUAACUAACAAUGCUAACUUCCAAUCACUCGCAUGUCUGAGUGAGUGCUUCCAGUGUUUGGGCAAGUGAGUGCUUCCAGUUGUUUGGGCAAGUGAUGACCUUUAGAAUUAGUUGAAGAAUGGUAGGAUAAUGCCCUGCUUCGCCCGUAUUUGCAAUUGGUACGCAGGCUACGCCGAUUGCGAAUUUGUGAAAGUUUCCGUGGGUUAUAUGUUAAUAAAAUUGUCAUUUAAUUCCGUGUUUAUAACAGGACUUCUACCUUAUGAAUUUUCGCCUGUGUAUGCAGCAAGUAAACACGGUGUUGUUGGCUUCACCCGAAGUGUUGCUCAGGUAAUAUUUUACUUCAUGUAUACGUAUAUGGCUUAAAUGCCCGCGUUUAAUUAAAGCUAGCACAGCUCAACUACAGAAGGCGCGCGGUCUCACGCAGUCUCCAAAGUAGUCUGGAACUAUUUUAUUUUAGUCUGCACCCGACAAAGGAAUCCGCUUGAAUCUUGUCUGUCCGGCGUUUGUGAAUACGCGAAUGACAACUGCAAUCACGGAUGAAGAUUGGAUUAAAAUGAUAGAACAUGUUGGCUGUGUCACGUAAGCUUGAAUUUAGAGACGUAAAUUUGAUUCUAGUAAUGAUACAUGCACUUUAGCUAAAGUUAGCAUAGUUUAGGUUUUCGCCCGUAACAUUUGAAGAAUUUAUUGAAUCAUCAGACCAGAACUGAUGGAAUUAUAUCCAGAAUAGAUGAAGCUAGUUUGGUUUAGUCUUUGUUGUUUUAAUUCUUCUUCCUUUUUUUACUCUAGUCCUGACCUCGUGGCGAAAGCAUUCCUUCAACUUGUCAAUGACGACAGCUGUAACGGACAGGCUUUAACAGUAACACUUCAGAACGGGAUUGAUUUUCAUUCUUUUCUUGAAGUUAGCGAUCUAGUAGACAAUUAGCGCCAUUAACCAUGUGCAUCGCAGUGAUCGCAGUGAUCGCACAAGGUUAACAUUUGCGUCAAACGCUACUUCGUACCAGGCGUCGUUUAAUUUGUGUAUUUAAAAGAGCGAGACUUAUGAUGGGAUUACAUCAAGUAUUGCAACAGCUGGGGAAGCGCGAAGGGGCUUUUGGGAAGCGCACUUUUCUCAACAGCCCCUUCACUAAUGCCGGAAGGUACUACCCCCCUAGCGCCGCUCACAGGGUUAAUUAAUGGGAAAUGGGAAGGUCAGGGUUAAUAUUGUGUGUAAACACACUUGGUGAGAAGUCUAGAAACAUGAAACUAUAUUCUCCAAUUAGAAAAAGUAAUUCACCGCAAGGCAAAUAAGGACAAGGCCCCAUUAAACUAUACAUCCAAGUCAGAAACAAAAAUGGGCGUAAGUAAAAAUCACUCGUUCGUGACGCUGUUUGUACUGGCGAGUCUCUCCUUGAUUAAGGUAAAGCAUACAGUUUAGUUGUAGAAUUAAAGUUGACAACGAGUUUAUUAUAUAUAGCACGCGUCACACCUUGAAGCAUUCGGAAAUGACAUGUCCAUUACAAAUAAAUUCGUUUCAUUCCUGCCGGUUAUGUCUAUGCCGAAAAGUGUUGCGCGCAGUUUUAAAUAUGUAUAAAAUUGCCCAAAAAUAAUAUGCGCGGUUAUUUAACUGCGUUAAAUUAGUGUAAUAUGCGCGCGUAUAGUUGUUUCACUACUGUUAUUCAGUUUAGAUAAUACGAUCGAUUAACGCAUUAGGGGAUUGAAUAAUUGAACUGAAUAUUACUAAUAUACUGUUUGGCAACUUUUACCAAAGACAGCUAGCUAGUCGAGGUAACUUUAAAUAGAAAAUAUAGUGAGUUCAGUGUAUUGAGCAGUUACGAUUUGUAAAUUAAAUUUGGGUGAACUGGAAGUAAAUUACAUUGUGUGAUCAGCAU